AAGGUCACGAAAGUGGUGCAUGUUGGGAGAACACGUGGAUAGCGGUACAAUUUAAUCGGAAAAGUUGUUUUGAUGGCGAAGAGGAAGAUGACAAGGUGCCUCACAUUGAGGGGGACAAUGUGGACCAGGCGGCCAGCAUCUCAGACGGCAGUGAGGAUGACGAAGAUGAAGCAGAUGUGGAGAGUGACAUGGAGAGCGGCUCCGAGGACGAGUCCGGUUCAGAGUUAGACGAGGACAGUGACGGCAGCGGGCCAGAUCUGGCCAGGGGGAAAGGCAAUGUGGAGACCAGCUUGGACGAGGACGACGAUGAUGACUUGGAGGCCAUCUUGAAACGCGAGGAGGAGGAGAUCCAGCACGACUGGGGCGAGCUGUGCAAGGACGCGCCGCGGAGCGAGGAGGUAACCCAAAGGUUUGCCGUGUGUAUCAUGGAUUGGGACCGGAUGAAAGCCAAGGACCUGCUGGCUCUGUUUAACUCCUUCAAGGCUACGUGUAAAGGAGGGGUUGUGCUCUCUGUGAAGAUCUACCCCUCAGAGUUUGGGAAGGAACGGGUUCAGCAGGAACAGACCCAGGGUCCCCUGGAGCUGAUGGCCCUGCCGGAGGAUCCGGACAAAGACACAGAGGAGGACAAGAUUUACAGAGAGAAGAUGCGGGACUACCAGUUCAAGCGGCUAAAGUACUACUAUGCGGUGGUGGAGUGCGAAUCGCUCGACACAGCCGCUAAAAUCUACCAGGAGUGUGACAGUUUUGAGUACGAGAGCAGCUGCUCUAUCCUGGACCUCCGGUUUAUCCCUGAUGAUGUGACGUUUGACGAGGAGCCAAAGGACUUGGCCACAGACGUGGACCUGUCUGCCUACACCCCCAAGCUCUUCACCUCCACAGCAUCAGCCACGUCAAAGGUGGAGUUGACCUGGGACGAGACAGACCACGAGCGUGUCACUGCCAUGAACAGGAAGUUCAACAAGGACGAGCUGCUGCAGAUGGAUUUUAACGCCUACCUGGCCUCCUCCAGCGACGAUGAUGAUGAGGAUGGAGUGGAGAAGGAAGAGGAGCUUCCAGAGGGUAAGAAGAAAAAAAGAGGCCAGCAAGGAGGUGGAGAAGGAGGCCAGGAAAGGGAAGCAGAGCAGUGGCAAGCAUAUAGAGAGAUGCUGAAGAGCAUCCAGGAGUAAGACAAGAAGAAGGAGGAGGACAAGGGCAUGGAGAUGGAGAUCACAUGGGUGCCAGGACUGAAGAAGACAACUGAACAGUUGGUGAAGAAGAAGCUAGAAGGAAAGGACAAGCUGACACCCUGGGAAGAGUUCAUUGAGAAGAAAAGGGACAAGAAAAAGCAGAAGUUGACCAAAGGAAAGCAGGAAUCUGAUGAUUCGGACCUCGGUGACGAUGCGCUUCCUCCAGACGUUGACUUUGAUGACCCCAUCUUUGCUGAAGAGCUUGGUUCUACAGAUCUGAAAAAGAAAGCAAAGAGCAAGAAAAACAAAAAGGUGGAGGAGAGGACACCUGAAGAGGAGGAGGAGUUGGAGAAACAAAAGGCUGAGAUGGCCCUGCUCAUGGACGACGACAAGCACAAACACUUCAACUACGACAAGAUCGUAGACGAGCAGAACCUGAGCAAAAAGAAGAGGAAGAAGCUUCUGAAGAAGGACAACACGAGUCUGGAGGAGGAUGACUUCCAGGUGGACGUGAAGGACCCUCGUUUCCAGGCCAUGUUUACCUCCCACCUCUACAACUUGGACCCGUCCGACCCGGGCUACAAGAGGACCAAGGCCACCCAGAGCAUCCAGGUCGAGAAGCAGCGCCUCAGGGAGGAGUGCCAGCGCGACCAGGACAAGGCGCUCAGGAGCUCACAGGCCCCGCCCACACAGGUAGUGGGAGCAAAGAUACAGGAAACAAUUGCCAGUGGCUGAAGCCACCAAGAAAAUGGACCCCGGACUAUCCAUGCUUAUCAAGUCUAUUAAGAACAAAACAGAGCAGUUUCAAUCACGAAAGAAACAGGAGACAAUGUAGGCCUUUCUAACUGGACUAUUGGGGACUACGUUUCUGGGUGAAAAGCUAUAGACUGCAGCCUUACGCUAUCUCUUUGUGUUGAAGCGACUGUUGGUGUGUGUGAGAGAGGCCUGAGACAAGCCUUGCCCACUUUUAUUUUGAACUAUCACUCUACAAGAGGCCUAAUCAGGAACACGAAGUUGAAGAUAGUUUGAAUGUGUAAUAUGCUAAUUAACAUUGAGACACUUGUGUGGGGGAUUGCCAACAGUAACUGGUGGUUUCAUGGAUCUCUGAAUAGUAUUUUUUACAAAUGCUCUAAAUUAUACAAACCUGCUCUAUAGCCCCAGUCUGAGCCCUUAAAAAUACUUAUAUUAAGACACUUCACACAAUUUUACAGAACUGGUUCAUUUUAUUUUUGAUAUUCAACAACAGUACACAUUCAUAGGUCCAUUGACACUGUCAAACUCACAGCACGGUGACACUUUAUACUGAUUUUCAGAGAAAACAAGGUCAAAAAUAAAGUGUAUACAAGGAAGCAAGGUACAAAAAGGCAGUCCCAUUUGAAAAGAGGAACAAUAGUAGUGCAAACAAAAGUUAGCUAUAUACAUACAAGGGCCGACACUGAGACAGCAACAUACAUCAAGUAUCUUAAACCUCAGCACAGGUUUACAUUUCCGUUUGAUUUCUAUUCUCAGUUUAUUAAUCUCACAGAAAACCCAAGGGGAAACUUGGAGGUAACAAUACAAAAUCUUAGAAAUUGCACCAUCAAAAAUGUUUAAACUAUUUAUCAAGUUACAAAGUACAAAAA